AUGUCUACAUCUAAUAAUAGUAAUCCUUCUACUGAAGAUCAAGCUUUUUGGGAAGAACAACCCUAUGAUCCGGAAAUAGAAACAUCUAAUGAUGAUAGUGAAUGGUUAGACAGUUUUGAAUUUCAGUCUCUUUGGAACGAUCAAAAUUUUCAAAUAAAUGGGUUCGAUCCACUAUUGCGUUAUCCCACACUGAAUGAUCGAAUUUACCAACUGAUUUAUUAUCGACUCUUUCGAGACAAGUAUUUCUUCAUAAAGAUAGUGAUGAUGUUAAAUUAUCUUUCACGGCGUCAAGGUGAUGUCCAAUGCAGUCGUUUCUUUUCGGACAAAAGUCAAUGGACGAUGGAUUCUAUGCUUGUACAAGAAAGGAUACUAAGCUCCGUGGAUGACAUAUGGACUCAUUUUGGCAAGCAAUUCUCUGCCAAUGAUGGUGAUGAACUUUUGCUUGAACAAAUCAGAAGUCAUCCACAUAAAUGGUCAGUUGAUGAUUGGUACCAAGAUACCUAUCUUUUCCUUUUGGUGUUGGCUCCAUAUGAUGAUUUGGUGGCUCUUUUCUACAUAACGUUCUUCUUCAGUUAGACUUUUCAGAUAUGAAAAACAAUCAUAAUAAUAAAAAAAAUGAUGAUGCACCUCCUUUUUUUUGUUUAAACAAUGAUUUUAGUGACUAGAUAAAAUACUGCUGACGACAUUUCCUUACUGAACAUCUAUAAAGUUGUCAUUUUUAAUGCAGCAUGAAUAAGUUGAAGAGGAAUAUCUGAUGAUAUUACCGAAUAUGUCAAGGAUCAUGCUUGUUACAUUGAAGCCAACUAAGAUUUACAACAAUGGAUAUCAGUACGCACAGAUCUAUCUGCAUAUGUCAUCCAGGAACUGUGAUGAUGAUGAUUCGGUGGUUUUGGCAAAGAAUGCUGGUCAAGAGGGAUGCACACUUCCAAGAAGCAAGAAAAUAAUAAUAAUAAAAAAAAAAGAAAAUGAUAAGUUAUUAUGAUUGACAAAUUGAGAAUUAGACAGAGUUAUGGUAGACACUGAGUUUGUA